AUGCCACUGCUCGGAUUGGUCUGUUUCAGACGAGAAAAAAGGACAUGUUUUGACGAAGAAAACAACGACAUUUUUUACGGUUUUUUGGUGGUUGAAGAUUCUGAUAAUUAUUUGGGGGGCGAAGUAGCGCUAGACCUUCACAAGACUCCAAACGUUACGAUCAGACACGCUCUUAACAAUAACACAAAGUUGGUGAAAAAUUUACAAAUUGGGAAAUUCCCAACACUUGUUAUAAUCGAUCGGAACAACAACACGCAAAUUGUUACCGAAAAUAUCGAACACAAGAAGGAGCUCAAAGCGACAAUUGCCGAUUACUUGGCCAAGAAAGGGCUCAAAGUUUGCGAGACCACCCCUGAGAAAAAGGGCCACUUGUCCCUGGACCCCCACCCUGACCCCAAACAGCGCUCACGCACACUUUUGCGGCAAAAAAUCAAAAAAAUGGGAGACGCCGUCUUCCAAAUGGACUUGGAAACGUCCCUUCGGUACGCCCUUUUGCGCGAAGUCUCGACCACUAAAGUGAUCAAAGGCGAACAACUGGCGGCCCUUAGGGCCUUCCUCAGCGUGAUCAAGAAGUAUUUCCCCUUCGGGUACAACUCCACGUCUUUCAUCAACAAUUUAACCAACUUGACUUCUUCGGACGAAGUCCAGGGGGUGCAGGUCCAGGUCCUAGUGCAGCAAGCGGAUGACAGUGGGGUGUUUUCAACCCCGCAGCGCUUCCUGGGGUGUCAGGGGAGUGCGAACCGCUUUCGCGGAUAUCCAUGUAGUCUUUGGCGCCUUUUCCAUUACCUAACAGUUAACUCGGUUCUUUUGAAUGUGAGUAACCGGAAGGCGAAUCCGGUGGAAGUCCUCGGAGCGAUGCACGGCUACGUCAAGCACUUCUUCAGCUGUAGUCACUGCAGUGAGCAUUUCCAGAAGAUGGCCGCUGAGAGGAAUCUAACGAGUGUUUCGUCGCUUGAAGAGUCGGUUCUGUGGCUCUGGGAGGCGCAUAAUGUGGUCAAUAAAAGAUUAAAAGGUGACACAACCGAAGAUCCGGAGUAUCCGAAAGAACAGUUUCCGACCAGGUUGAGGUGUCCGGAGUGUUAUGGCGAGGAUGGGACUUGGAGGAAGAAGGAGGUGUUGAAGUAUUUGAAGAGGAUGUACGGGAGAUAUAGUGUUAGAUAUGUGGGGUCGGAUACCAAGGUUUUGUUUCCGGGACUUGAUAGAUAAGUUAUUGACGAAUUGUAAAUAAUUUGUUCUUUGUUUUAAAAGAAUCAAUGUUAGAGAAGCUUUAAUAAAUACAAUUUUUUAAGAAAAGACUGUUACUUAUAGCUUGAAAUAAUGUUAACGUCAUAAAUAAAAUAUGAUGUUGUUGUUUUUGCCUCUA